AUGGUUACUACUCGACGUUAUUUUGUAGACGAACGCGAAGAUAUCCAAAAGAAAGCAUUCACUAAAUGGAUUAAUAAUCAAUUAGACAAUACAAGUUCAACACUAGCUGUUACAGACUUAUUUCAAGAUUUACGUGAUGGUAUCGUCCUACUUCGAUUAUUGGAAGUACUCACUGGAAAUGAAUAUAAAAGAGAAAAUGGUAAAAUGCGUGUACAUCAUAUUGGAAAUGUUAAUAAAGUUAUUGCUGUACUUAAUGAACAUGGAAUUAAACUUCUUGGUAUAUCAUCUAAUGAUAUUGUUGAUGGUAAUCCAAAAUUGACACUUGCAUUAAUAUGGUCAAUUAUUCAAUAUUGGCAAGGAAAAGACGUUAUUCAGUCUGCUGUGCCUGAUUCACGACAGACUAAUAUUGAAAAAUUUCUUCUUUCAUGGUGUCAACAACAAACAAAAGGAUAUAAAGGUGUAGAAAUCAAUGAUUUUACACGUAGUUGGCAAGAUGGUCUUGCUUUUAAUGCAUUAAUUCAUAAGUUUCGUCCAGAUUUAUUUGAUUAUGACGAUCUUUUACAAAAUGCAUCAGCUAGAAAUCUUGAACAUGCAUUUAGUGUAGCAAAAAAUGUUUUCAAAAUUGAUCGAUAUCUUGAUGUUGAAGAUAUUCUCUCCGAUUAUCCGGAUAGAAAAUCUAUUUUAAUGUAUGUAAUGUGCCUCUUUCAACAAUUACCAUCAAGUAAUAUUGUUAUCGAAGAUAACGAGAAAAAUGAGCCAUCGACGACGACGAUCACAAGUGAUGAUACGACGGAGAUUAAGUCUCUAUCAGAAAAUGCUGCAACUGAAUUGGAAAAUUUCAAAACAAAUAUUGAAAGAAUACUUCAAUGGAUUCUUCAACUUGAAGAUGAACUUGAUAAACAAGAUAAAACUGUGUCAAAUGAUUUAAAAACUAUUAAAGAACAAUUUCAAAAUCAUGAAGAAUUUAUGAUUAGUUUAACAAAAGAUCAAAAUCAAAUCGGUGAUAUACUUCAUGAAGGAAAUCAUUUCUUAAAAUCACAUAAAAUGAAUAUGCAACCAGGAGAAGAAAAUGAAAUAAAAGAACAAAUGAAAACUCUUAAUCAUCGUUGGGAAUUGUUACGUUCAAAAUCACUCGAUAGACAAUCAAUUCUUCAUAAAACAUUAAUGAAACUUCAAAUUGAUCAAAUUGAAACAUUCGAUACUUGGUUAUUACAAACUGAACAACGUAUAUCAAAAGAUUUAGAUAUAAUGGAAUCAAAUGUAUCUGGUAUUGAUCGACAAUAUCAACAAUUAGCUCAAUUACAAGAUGAACUUGUUGCUCAACAAGUUACAACUGAAUCAUUACAAAAUAUGAUUAUUGUUGUUGAUGAUUCAUCGUCAAAUGAUGAAGAACAAACAUCUCCAUAUACAUCAUCAGAAAUCGAAGAAAAAUUAUUAAAUUUAAGUGAACGUUGGGCACAUAUCUGUAAUUUUGUACAUAGUCGUUGGAUACAAUUACAAGAAGUUAAAAUUGAAUUUGAACAAACUGAAUCAAAUCGUAAUAAAGUUGGUAAAUGGUUAACAGAUAAAGAAGAUGAAAUGAAUAAAAUGAAAGCAGAAACAAAUAUUAGUAAUACUGACAUACUUAUGCAACAAGUUCAUUCUAUUCAGAAAACUGAAUCUGAAAUGAAUGAUAUACGUCAAUCAAUUCUUUCAUUAGAUAAUAGUUUAAAAAUUCUUAGUGCAUUCUAUGAUAGUACAACAUCAAAUGAAUUAAAAACUUUAAAUGAACAAAUAAAUAAUUUUGAAAAACGUUGGGCACAACUUAUUGAUGACCUUGAACAAUGUUCGACAAGAUUAAAAAAAUUAAGUCAAAAUUUUGAAAAAAAUGUUCAAACAAAUGUAAAACCAACUAAUGAUACCAUACAAAGACCUACAGCAACAACAACAACUACAAUUGUUGAAGAAACGACCACAACCACAACCACAACUUCUGAAAAUCCGGAUAAUUCAAUAAAUAAAAAACAAAAGAUAAAUAAAGAAAAUACCAUGAAAUCAGAUUUUGAUCUAUCAGCUAGAAAAUAUAUUGAUUGGAUUGAUAAUAUUGAAAGAAUAUUAGAUGAAAAACCAUCGAAUCAAUUACAAUUGAAUGAACGAGAACAUAUUAUUCAAGAAGUGAAAGCAAAAUAUCUGUCAUAUGAUGAUCAAUUUAAAAUUCUUAUUCAAACAGGAAAUAUCAUAACACAACAAUUGAAAGACGCAAAUGAAGAUUCAAGUGAACAUGAAUCAACACUAAAAGUAUUAGAAAAUCGAUGGCAAGAACUUCAUAAACAAAUUCUUAAAUGUGAACAAGAUAUUGAACAAUCGAGAUUUAAUGAUGAACUUCAAGUAUUAACUAAACUACGUAAUGAAUAUCAAACAUGGGUUGAUUCAACACCAUUGUCUAGUUCAAAUACAGAAAAUCAGGCAAAAUUAACAAGUUUUCAAACAUAUAACGAACGUCUUGCUCAUUUAAAACGUAUGGCUGAUCGUUUUGAUACCAAUACUCUUCAACGUACAAAUGAUUUGUUACGUUCAUGGGAUGACACACAGUCCCGACUACGUGAGCGAACUAUUCCUGUCGAACACAUGCAACAACAGUCAUCAGGAGUAACUACCAGUUCGAACAUAACAUCGUUUCGUCAAACAGGUGUUACAUCGAUUCCAAUAAGUCCUAAUCGAUCAGAAAUAAAUGACCAAUCAUCAUCAGCAGCAACAACAACAACGACAACAACAAACCUUGGUCCAUCAAUUGGUGAAAAUGGUAGUGUUUUUACUUUAACAAAUAUUUACACAUUUGGUGGUAAUGAUGGAUCUUAUAAUAAUGGUUCAACUGAAUUACCAUCAGAUAAAUAUCGUGUUAAAUCAUAUGUUGAAGUAUUUGAUCAGCCAUCAACACAACAAGAUAGUGAAUAUGAACGACGUUAUCGUGAAAGUCAUUCGUCAUCUGUUACACGAAAAAUACGUACAAGUGCCACUGAUACAUAUGAUUACGGUCAAAAUGGAAAUUAUGAAUCAUCACAAUAUCAACAUCAUUAUGAAACAACAAGUCCAUCAUCAAUAAAACAUAUUCAUGGCCACAAAUCACCAGAUACAAGUUAUUUGUCAGUAUUACCAACAAUAUAUACUGAUAUUCAACGUAAAUUACGUGUAUGGCUUGAAUAUGUGGAACCAUCAUUAUUAUAUGAUAAAACUCGUGUUACUGAUAUUCAUUCAAUUAAUAUGAAAAAAAAAGUUUAUAAAGAUUUACUUGAUCAAACAUUUGAACAAGAACAUAAUUUAGAAUCAUUAAAUAAAAUUGCUAAUGAAUAUUAUUCUAAAUUAACUAUUGAGGUUACUCGACUUUUAAAAGAAGAAUUAAAUAAUUAUCGUGAUCGUUUAAAUGAUAUUAAAAUGUUUUUAAGUGAACGUUUAACAAAAUCCAGUAAUCUUGAUAAAGCAUUAAAUGAUUUUGAAAGUGGAAUUGAAGAAGUUAAAAUUUGGAUACGUACUACUCAAACACGUUUAGUUAGUGAAACAAGUUCAUAUGGAUUAGAAAAUCAAUUUGAUCGAAAUCAAACUCUUCAACAUGAAAUACGUGAAAUGCAAACAAUUAUUAAUCGUUUAAAUAAAGAUCUUAUUGAUUUAACACAAGAUGCUGAUGAUAAUUUAGCAAGACGUUUAAGAGAAGAAAUGCGACAAUUAAAUGAAAGUUGGAGUCAUUUUAUUAGUUCAACUAAAAAUUAUUCACAAAAUAUUCAGAUUAGAAACUCUAAAAUGCAUUUUCUUAAACUUCAAAUUCAAUAUGGAGGUGACGUAUACGAAAUGAUUUUACCGACUAAUUCAAGUGAUCCAAUAGUUGAAGAACUUCAACAACAUAUAGAAAAACAAUUUAAUAUACCAACACAUGUACAACGUAUUAUGUUCAAAGGACAAAAUUUACAUGAACAACCGACAGGAGCAUUACGACGAUAUGGCAUAACAAAUGCAAGUCUUAUUAGACUUGUUGGUCGAAAACAACCAAUACGACGUUAA